AAGCUGAAAAUGUUGUGUCAACUACAAGCACUGGAAGGUAAAACAUCAGCAAGGCCAUGAACGAAUCCUCUCACACGUUAAUAGAGAAAUCAUUUACAUUUCAGGACUGUGAAGACUCCUUAACGGUGUCUAUCCCUGAGGUUCUUGAUUCACAAUAUGGCAUGUAUGUGUGGCCCUGUGCGGUGGUGCUAUCACAGUAUGUGUGGAUGGCAAGAGAGGAACUACAGAACAAGACUGUUCUUGAGCUGGGCGCCGGGGUGGGUUUGCCUGGGGUGGUGGCUGGCAGGUGUGGGGCGCGUGUGAUGCUGUCAGACAGUGCUGAGCUGCCCCUCUGCCUGAGGAACUGCCGGCGCUCCUGUGACGCCAACGGCCUGCCCGGCGUGCCUGCGAUCGCACUCACCUGGGGACGGGUGUCGCCGGAGCUCCUCUCGCUGCCGCCGCUGGACAUCAUCCUGGGCUCAGAUGUCUUCUAUGAACCUGAAGAUUUUGAAGACGUGCUCGUGACCAUCUCCUUUCUCGUAAGGAGAAACCCUCAUGCUCAGUUCUGGACGACAUACCAGGAGAGAAGUGCGGACUGGUCCAUUGAGGCUUUGUUACACAAGUGGGAUCUGAAGUGCAUCAAUGUCCCACUGGAAAGAUUUGAAGCAAACAAAAACCAUCUUGCUGGAUCAACACUUCCUGGGAAUCAUACUGUACAAAUGAUGAUCAUAACAAGAAAGGUGUUUUAAUGAGAAACUU